AUUGAUAUUUGUAUUGAUUGAGUUUGUGGAGCCAAGGGUUUCUGCAGAUCUAUUUGUCUUUGGGAACGAUACCUCCCAUUGAUAGCAUAACUGAGGGAGUGAAACAUCUCUUGAAGGGUUGCAGCUGGAGGUGAUAAUUCAGUCAUCUCAUUGGUACUAAUUUGUGGCUAAAGGCCAACCUGCUAGGUACGAACUUGAGAAGACAUUGGAGACAUUUGGAGACAAUAGGGCCUCAUUGUUUGUCUACGCGGAGCUGAUUACAUCUACCUCACUUCUGAGUUUAAUCUCAGUAAUUUUCAGACUUUAUCAGAUUGGAGGAGAGCCACGAUUUGGCUCAUUUUGGCCCACACUUGCAUCAGCAGACUAAGAAGGGUUAGGCGAUCCUUAGGAGCAUUUGAGGUGGUUCCAGUUGAUAUAUCAGGUCUGAAGCAAGAUCGACCAGUCCUACCAUAACCACGAUUUUUGCUUAUAACUUCAUCUAUGAGCCUUGAUUCAGUCCCAGAUUGGAGCGACCACUUGGAAGGGAUCUAUCGAUGAUGUAGAUGUUUCAUAAGGAGUGAAAGAGCUGAUAAUUAUUUAUUAUUGCCACUUGCUUCAGAACAGGGGCAAUUUUGACUAAGGGUUCGAUUUGGCAUAAUGGAGGCUUGAGGAGACUUGAUAUUGCUUGUUUCUUCAUCUAGACACCAAGGAGCAGAAGGACCUUGAAAGGAAAGCAGAAAUGGCAAAGCGGCUCCUGGAACGUGGUUACCGUGUAAAGUGUAUGGCAAUGGGCUCGGCACAGGAAAUUUUGGAAGAACAACUAUCACGGCUUUCAACUUUGAUGGAAGAUUAUUCCAUUGUGGAAAAUGGGCCUAAGGUAGAUAAAAAAGGUGCAUGGUUAAUAGUGAAGCAUAUCAAGUUUGGACGUGCAAAGAAAAAUGAAGCACAAGAAACUACCAAGCUGGUUGAAACAAGUACGAGUGAAAUGGAAAGGGGUAAUUCUAAUGAAACAAGUGAGAGUGAAAACAAGAAGCUUGAUAGAGUUGUGUUCCCUGAGGGUGUAUUUAAAAGAGAAUGCAGCCAAUUUGAAGAGUAUGCUCCUCUUGAGAAGUUCAAAGAGUUUGCUUCUGAAGAAGUUUCUAGUGUAGAUAGAAUAGAAGAAAUCCCUAAUGCUGAUGCCCUAUUAACCAUAGAUACAGUAGAAGGAAUACCUAGCGCUGAUGCUCUUUUAAUCAGUGAGAGAAAUAACAAAAUUUCAUCACUUAAUGAAGAAUUCAAGGAAGAAUGUGUAUCAAUUGAAGAGAAAGAUACUACUGAGUAUCGCAAAGAUUUUGCAGCUGAAGAAGUUCCAUGCAUAGAUAGAGUCCAAGAAGUCCCUGCCAAUUUCCUUUUAUCUAGUGAAAGAGAAAUGCAUACUAAUAAUGCUCUCAAAGAAGAGCCAGUGGUUGUUGACAGCAUCAAUUAUACUGAAACAAAAGCCAAGCUUGGAAAUUUAAAUGCUAGUAAACAUGAUGAUUUUGAUCAACCAAUGGAAACUCUUUCUAACACCCAUUCUGUAUUGCAUCAUCAUAAUGCUUCAAAUACUGGAAAACAGUUUCCUUUAGAUCGUCCUUUUAAGCAAUCUCUUGGUUCUACCAAAGCUAAAGACAUUGAAAUUCUGAAGCAGGAGCACUCUGCCUUGCACAUGUCUGCUAAUUUGAGCAAUGGACCAGCAGAACAAGACCAGCUUGAGAAUUAUAAACAUAAGCAGUCUGUACCAGUUAAUGCUUCAAGGCAAGUUAUAUUUGGCAAAAUUCACAGUGACCAAGGGCGUGAUGUUUCAAAUGUUGAGAAGCCACAAACUGUAGAUUCAGUUUCUGAGUCUGCCAGUGGUUCCAUCAUGGCUAAUGCAAAAGAUGCAACCGAUGACCAUAAGAUUCAUGGUUCCACAGUGAGUGUAUUAACAAGCACUAUUUUUGAAGACAUUCAAACCUCACCUAUCAAGUUGAACCAUGCCACUCCAUCAAAAGAUCAACAGAAAAUGACAAAUAGCACUCCAAAAAUUUCUGCUGCUAGUUUAAGGCAAGCCCUUGUCAACCGCAGUUCUGGUAACCAAGAAAAAACAGGAAAGCGACCUUUGGCAGAUAUUCUUCCCAAGAAGGCCAAUGAAUCCCGGUGGGCUAUUUUGAAACAGGUAAAGCCAGCACAUUUUGAUGGCAAUAAAAAUAGCUCCCAAAUUAGUGAAGUAACAAGUAAUAUUGUUGAAGAGCUGCAGAUCUCACCUGCCACUUUGAAUAAUGUUACUGCAGCACAAGAUUCACACAGUAUCUCAGUUGGCAGUGCACAAAUUUCUGUUGGUGGAUUGAGGCAAGUUCUUGCCAACAGCAAUUCUGAUGACAAAGAAGGUGCAUCAGAAACAGGAAAGUGGCCUUUGGAAAAUUUGCUUUCAAAGAAAGUAUGUGAAUCUAGGGGGGAUAUUUUAGGGCAUCAUAAGCCAUCAUGUUUUGAUGGCAAUAAUAAUACCACCACAAGUGAAAUAAAAAGCAAUAUUUUUGAAAAGGUGCAAACCUCAGCCCUUGAUUUGAAUAAUUAUGCUGCAACACAAGAUCAACAGAAUGUAGCAAUUAGCAGUCAUCAAAUUGCUUCCGAAUCUCUAGGGCAAGUUCUUGGUAACUGCAGUUCUAAUAACCAGGAAAUAAGUGUAUCAGAAAGAGGAAAGGAACCUUUGAUUGAUACGAUUCUCAGAAAGCACAGUGAACCUCAGCAGGCAACAUUUAAACAGAUAAAGCCAUCAAAUUCUGAAGAUAAAAAUAUUGUAGCAAACGUUCAACUUGAAUUUUCAAAUGUUGAGUGUCAUGCUGUCAGGGAUGACACAAGGCAAGAUCCUCCUUACGCCAGUCCUAGUAACAAAGGGCAUGACAUUUCAAAUAUAGGAAAGCAAAUACCUUUAGCAUCUGAAUCUGUCCCAGCUAAAGUUUUAUUUGAAACUAAUGAAAUUUUUCCACAGGGUCAAUUCUUGGCUAUUAAUGCAAAUGAAGAUGCUACCACACAAAGUGAAAUCGGAGUAAAAGUUUUGAAACAAGCUAUUUCCAGUGAGCACAAAAAUCUGCCACUGUCAGGCGUUCAAGUGAUUAGUAAUCCCUUGCCAAGAGAUCCAUUGGAAAUUCCAAGUACUAAAAGCAUCCCUUGGGACGAUGGAAGGAAAGUUCCGACUGGUGAAAAUCCUAUUGGUCGAGGGAAGCACUCUUCAGUCACAGGAAAGCAGCCUCCUUCAAAUUCAUUGUCCGAGCAAGCUUCUGUUUCAGGAGGAUCUUGCUGGGGUGUUUUCAGCCAGCCAAAAAGCUGUGUUGUUGAAACUCAAAGACAUCCGGCAAAGUCAACAGAGAAUCAGUCUAAUCCAUCAAGUUUUGACAAUUAUAAGGAUGCCACCACAACUAUUGCAGCAACAAGCAAUGGUAACCUCAAAAAGUGUGUUCCAGAAAAAGAAAAGCAGCCUUUGGCAAAUUUGCAUCCCGAGAAGGCCAGCGAAUCUCAGUCAACCACUUUUACAUGGAUAAAGCCGUCACAUUUUGAGGGUGAUGAUAAUACUACAACACAGGAUCAACCUAGAGUUUCAAAUUCUAAUUAUCACUCUAACAGUGAUAACACAAAGCAAAAUCAUUAUAGUUCUAACAGCCAAGGGGAUAAUAUUUCAAAUGUAGAAAAGCAAAUACCUGUAGCAUCAGAUUCAACUCCUGUCAAAGUAUUGGAAGAAACUUACAGUAUAUUAUCAUAUGGACAAUCAUCUGCCGUUGAUGUAAAUGGUGCUUCUCCAAUGCAAACAGAAAAUAGAAUUCAAAAUACCAAACUAACUAUUCCCAGUGAACAUAAGAAACAAGAUCUUUCUGGUAUCAAAUCUAUUCUGGGAGGGCAUUCUGCUAAAAAGGAAGUCACACAGAAAUCUGUUGAUUUGAGUCCUAAGCCAGUCAGUAAGACAGGAGUGUCUACUUAUGGUAUUUCCAAGCAGCUGCCACUGUCAUCUGUUCGAGUGAAUAAUACUGCCAUGCCAAGAGAUUCAUUGGAGAUUCCAAACUAUGACACUAUCCAAUGGGAUGAUGCAAGGAAAGCUCCCGCUGUUGACAGUCCAAGAGACCAAGGGAACCAUGCUUCAUUCACAGGAAAACAGUCUCCUAAUGUUUCAUAUCCUAGGCAAGCUUCUGUUACAGGAGGUUCUCGCUGGGGUAUUUUCAGUCAGCAAAAAGGUUCUGUUCUUCAAAAUCAAAGAGAUCCUGUAAAGAUGUCACAGUAUCAAUCUAAAGAACCUAAUAUCAUUCGGGAAACCAAUAUUGGUGCAUCUAUUGAAACUCAAAGUGAUGCAGAACCGAGACAUCUUCACAUUCAAACCCAAAUGAAGGUUCCCAUCAGUGGUACUGGUACCCCAAAGCUGGAUUUACUGCAGACUGAAAAUAAGAUUGUUACUGAGCCAAAACAAAAAGGUUGGGGUAUAUUCAGCAAGAAGGUUCCUACCAAGCAUUUGGAUACUAAGGAGAAAUCAGAAUUGUGAUAAUGGAGAUUCCAGAGUGUGUAUGCAAGGCAUUGAAAAGAUGCAUAAGGUGGGCACUGCAUGUCAUUGUACAUUAAUUUUGUUCAGCUACGAAGGUUGCUUCCCUCUUGCAUACAAAUAAUCCUAUUAGUUUGGUGGAUUUUGAAAUCCAGCAGUACAUUGCAUGGAAUUACAGUUGUGCGUUUUGCCAAAAAUCUUUACGAGUGAAAUUGGAGAAAUAAUUGCUCCAAUAGCUACUACAUAAAGUGUAUAGGCUGUACGAAGUAGUUUUAUUGUCCAAAAUCAACGAGACAGUUUCUAGAUUCUAGGUACCAUCUGAGUUUCAUGAGAAGCCUCCACAAUUUUCCAUGCAUUUUCUUCAAAAAAUUUCUCGUAUGAUUUCCUUUCUUUUUAGCUUAGUUUUUAAAUAAACUUAUUUUUUAUUUCUUCCAUCCAGAAAGCAGAUUGGAUAGUCGCUUUAUGAUCAUGAUUGGGGCCCAAUGCUGGUUCCUUCCAUUGCUUCAUUCAAUAUACGUUUAUCCUUUUUAGCGUAUUUGUGUAAUAGAAUAUGAAUGCAAUGGUUAUUUUUUUUACAGAAGCAGGGCACUAUCUAAAUUAAAAGUAACAAUGUCUCUCAACAAAAUAACAUUGCAAGUAAAUGUAACUGAACAGAAAAGCGGGACUCUUUUCAAAAGAAGAUGAAGUAUUAUCUGCUACUGGAUGCAAUUAUCAUUUCACCUUUAAAGAUGCAUCCAGCUUAUUUUUA